GUGGAUGAUGUAGCGGGACAAUAACAACCUCACCGGAUCGAACAUUGUGGCUGAAACCAUCCACGACAUACACAACACGAUUGCCACAACAGUCUAUAUAAACAGGAAAAACAUAACGACAAAUUCCAAAAACAAACUAAAUCUCAUAUCCAUUACAGUUCCCAAUACUACAGACAAUACCACAAAAAUGGGGAGCUUGCUUCGAAUCAUGGCCGUCGUCUUCCUGAUCGGCACGUGCAUAGUCGUCGCUGAUGCAGCCGACUGGGGCUUCUCGUUCCCCUACAACUACUGCAGCAACGUACCGAUCGAAGAAUGGAGCGGGCUAGGACAGGCGCGGAACAACAUCCUCUCGGACCUGGUGAAGCUCCACUGGCAGCCGCGGUACCGGUCCCAGCCAUUGACGUGCAUCAGGGAGACGAGGGACAAGGCCACCAUGUGGGCUCGAGUGGAGUGCGCCGUCGAUCCGGCCACCGACACAUGCAACCGCUGCCUCAUCGCCGCCAAGAACUUCAUGGACGGCAACUGCAGGUACUUCACCGGCGGGCGUAUUGAGGAGAAGUACAGCACUUGUAAGAUGCUGUUUGCUGAUUUCGACGUUUGUGCUAGUUAAGUGGGUUUGAAUGGUUUUAGAUGUAGCUUACGUAGCUUAAUCGAUUUAUUAGAGAGGCAAAUAAUUUUUUUUAUAUCGAUUGUGGAUGUAGUGCAUUAUUGCAUUGUAUUAAGUGGUAUGAUGGAUGAAGCUAAAGAGAUGAAUAAGAUUUUGAUGAUGCA